AAACAUCACCAUCAAUUCCAGCAUCAGCAAUCAUGUCACAGCUAUCAAGACCUAUACCAGCCCUUUACGCCGUAUACGUGCUCCGUUCAACAAAGCGCCAUGCAUCAAUCUACAUAGGCUCAACGCCCCAUCCCCCAAGACGUCUGAAUCAGCACAAUGGUAUAGCUCGAGGCGGUGCAGUACGCACUGCGAAAGACACACUGCGACCAUGGGAGGUUAUGAUACUUAUAACAGGGUUCCCAAGUUCGAUUGCUGCGCUGAAAUUUGAAUGGGCUUUAACGAACCCUCAUUUAACGACACAUAUAUCAACUGAGGAGCGUAUAACAACAAGGGCGCCUAGGAAAAAAGGACAACGGAAGUCCCGGAAGCCUAUUCACAGUCUGAGAUCUGUGGUUUCGAAUCUUCAUUUGCUCGUUGGUGUGUCGAGUUUUGCACGCUGGCCACUUACCCUACACUUUUUUGUCCCAGAGCCCAAGAAAGCUUGGGAUAAUUGGCUAAAGAAUAAGGAGACAACACCACGAGAGGGUAUUAAGAUCACUGAAGAUUAUGCACCAGAUGAAGGGUCGAACGGGACUAAGUCCGUUGAGCCCUGGGGUAUUCACGCUCUGCCACUGGAUUAUGCGCCCAUCAAGCCAUACAUCGAGAAGGCGCACAACGUCGUGAAGUUUGAACGAGAAGGGGACUGUGUCCACUGUCACGAAGCACUAGAGUCAGGAAAAGGACUACAACCAAUGUGUCCUCACGACGGAUGCGAAGCAAUGGGUCAUCUCGACUGCUGGUCAAAACACGCCCUCAAAGGUGAACCCAAGGAGACAUUGCUUCCCUUAUCAUGCACAUGUCCAAGCUGUGGUGGCAAGAUAAACUGGAGCGACAUGAUGAAGGAGUUGACUCUUCGUGUAAGGGGACCGAAGGAGGUUACGAAAUUACUCAAGAAGAAACGGCGGACGAAGAAGGAGAUUGCGGCUGAAGCUGAAGCUGAGGAGGAUAUCUGAGGGUAGCUUGGUUUUUUGCUUUUGGCGUUAAUAGGAAGAUACCCGCUCUGCAAUUCAUUAAAUUGUUAUCGA